UCAAAGGCCUUAAAGCAGGGUCUGUCAGAGGCGGCCACAGCCUGGUACAACAACAAGGUUCAUAGCCUGGCCAAAACAGUUUCAAGGAUUGUGCAGAGCCGUUGGAUCAAACAUGCCCCCUGCAGCAGCAACCAAACUAGGCUACACACCACCAGAUGGAGGCUGGGGCUGGGCUGUCGUCUUUGGUGCCUUCAUCUCCAUUGGAUUCUCCUAUGCCUUUCCAAAGUCCCUCACCAUCUACUUUAAGGAGAUUCAGGAAUAUUUUUCAGUUUCCUACAGUGAGAUUGCCUGGCUGUCCUCGGUCAUGCUCGCUUCUAUGUAUGCAGGAGGACCAGUGAGCAGUGUGCUUGUGAACCGCUAUGGCAGCAGACCUGUGGUUAUGGUCGGAGGGGUCAUGGUUAGCGCUGGCAUGGUGCUUGCUUCUUUUGGCAGGACUAUCAUGCAUCUGUAUCUUUGCGUUGGAUUAAUUGGAGGUUUUGGCCUUGCCUUCAACCUACAGCCGGCCCUGACGAUCAUAGGUACCUACUUCCAGGUCAAAAGGCCACUGGCCAACGGGCUCGCCAUGACAGGAAGUCCAGUUGUUCUUUUCACUCUGGCUCCUCUCAAUCAGUUUCUCUGUGAUACUUUUGGCUGGAGAGGGAGCUUCCUCAUCCUGGGAUCCAUUGUUUUGAACUGCUGUGUAGCUGGAGCUUUGAUGAGACCAGUCAAUAAAAAUGUCCGACCCAAACCAACGACUGAACCACCAGAGUGUAACGGGGAAGCCACUGAGAAAGCUGCGACUGCUGACACCAGUGCACAGUCAGCUAACCUUCUGACUGAGGCAAAUCAAGACGAGAUCAAGAGUCAGGGCUGUGUGCACAAAUUCAUAGAUCUCUCACUUUUCAAACACCGGGGCUUCCUCAUUUAUCUCAUUGGUAAUAUAGUCAUGUUUUUCGGGUUUUUCGCGCCCGUGGUCUUUCUGGCUCCAUAUGCCAAACAUCAAGGGAUUGAUGAAUAUUCAGCAGCUUUCUUACUCUCCAUUUUUGCUCUGGUGGACAUGUUUAUCAGACCAGCAACUGGCCUCCUUGGCAACACCAAGUGGAUUCGGCCACGGAUCCAAUACUUCUUCAGUUUUGCAGUUCUAUACAAUGGUGUGUGCCACCUCAUCUUCCCACUGUUACCUGGAUAUGUGGGCAUGGUUGUUUAUGCUGUCUUCUUUGGCUUGGCAUUCGGGAUGCUUUCUGCACUGCUUUUUGAAGUUCUGAUGGACCUGGUUGGACCUCAACGCUUCUCCAGUGCAGUUGGGCUCGUCACUAUUAUCGAGUGUGGACCGGUGCUUCUUGGACCUCCACUUUCAGGGGCUCUGGUGGAUAUUUUCAAGGAUUACAAAUACAUGUACUACGCAUGUGGCGUGUUUAUGCUGGUGCCAGGCAUAUAUUUCUUCAUCAUGCAUUACUACAACUACAAGAAACUGGACGAGGAGCGAAGGCACAGUGUGGUUGUGGAGAUCAGGACUUGUGAAGAGGCGGUACAACUUAAAAUGAGCCAGGAUGGUAAAACGGGACAUGAAACAGAUGGAUGAACAUGCUGACUAUGAUUGUAUUUUAGUGGAUGGAGACAGAUGUCACUGCAGAGGCUUUACAGCAGAAUUUACAGUAUUAUUAUUGCUAACAAUUAUUUUCUACUUUGGAUGUGGUUGUUUGAGUCUUUGGACCUUUUCUGUGCAGAUCAACAUUUGGUAUUUUAAUGGUUAUUUCAUGUGCCAAAUGUAACUCUAAGGGCCUUUGUUCAUAAAUCAUCCAAAAAUGCUGCAGUUCCUUCCAAUACAAUUAUUGUAAUGGCUCUAUAAACCAACAUGCUAAUUCCUUUUUGCUUCUUCAGUGCCUGAAUAAAAAGUAUUUUUCCUCAGGGACUGAUAUAAAAUAACGAGACAAACCCCACAACACAGAGCCAUAUCACUGCUGCAUAUAGUCAUCUUCUUACCACUAGAUGGCACUGGACACUACCAUGUGAGAACUCAAGGGGCAUCACCUAUCUCCUAUUAAAACUCCAAUUAAACAUCAGGGAUCUUCAUUGGUGGUUUGGUUCUUUCCAAGUCUGGGUCGUGACACUCCCAUGGGCUGGCAGAUAUUAUG